GGGCGGUGAGGACCAGACCCAAGAUGGCGGCGCCCAUGGUGCGGGGCCUAGUCCUUGUUGCCGCCGCCUCCUCCUCGCGUAGUCCCGCCGCCGCCUACCAUGCCCGGCCCCUGGGCCUGAGCCUGAGCCGCAGCGCGCGGUCCCGGCCGCUGGGCCCCGACACCCCCGAGUGGCAGCGCGGGCCCGGCCCCGAGCGCAGGAGGUUCGCGGCGGCGGGAGCGGCCUCGGGGGUGGCGGCCGCGAGUCUGUGGCCCGGGCCCGGGGAUCUGCGUCGCCUCGUCCGGCACCAGGUCGACUGGCAGCCGCCGCUUCACGUCAUGUGCGCCGGCAUCCGGGCCGCGGACACACAGCGGCGGCAGCGGCAGCGGGACAGACAAAAGCUGAUAGCGGCAAACAUGGCCAAGAUGCCGAAGAUGGUGGAAGAGUGGAGGCGGGAGAAGCGGGAGGCCAAGGUGAAGCAGAGGGAGGAGAAGGCCAGGCGCGACCGGCUGCUGGCUGAAGCCCGCGAGCGAUUUGGCUACAGCAUCGACCCGCGCAACGCCAAGUUCCAGGACAUGGUGAAGGAGCUGGAGAAGGAGGAGAAGAAGAAACUGAAGCUGAUAAAGAGGCGGAAGAAUGUAGAAGCGGGCGGGAGUGAAGUGCUGCCGGCAGCGGCCACACCUUAACCAUGUUCUCACCUCCACACAGGAUCUGGAAUAACUGCAACCCAUUUCCAUGAAUCUGCAUGAACCAGUAUAAGUAAAUGAGAGGGUUUAAUGUAUCUGAGUUCCAAUCCUGGUGGCCCCGGGCAUUUGUAAUUUAACUUAAUUUGUUCUUGGCACGACAUGACCAUAUUUAUUGGCAAUUAACCCGAGACGGUUUUUGGUAGCUAUCUCCCUUGCGUAACAGGUUGGAUAAGUGACCUAUAGACUCAGAACUUGCCUAAUGAAUCCAAGGGCUAAUUGGGGAGUGAGGGGGAAGCAGGUAUGUUGCUUCUCACUGGUAGUCGUGUGGAUUUAGACGGCCCAGUGUUGAUCUAGGUCACUGGCAAGUUGGCAUCAGAAAUAAAGACAAGAUGAUAGAUGCAGUCAGAACUUCAUGGUUCAGCUUAUGUAGUGAACCAGUGAUCCUUGGUAGUGGCAGCUACAGAGACAAACACACAUAGUAUCAUUGUGAACAGACUUUCACUUUAUUGAAUUAAAUUGACAUAAAUUAAAAUG